AUGGCGGAGGGUAAGCCGUACCGGUAUGGUCUGAUCGCGGCGGGGAUGUGUGUGUUGUUAGUCGGUCUGUUCGUUAUGACUCAGGAGCGACCUCACAUCUACGCAACACUCUGCUCUCUGGGGAUCAUCAUGGUCACCCUUGGCACCGCGUGGAGCCUCUGCCAGUGCUACCCUAAGGUGGUGAUGAUCUCUCAGAGCCUGGAGGAGAGGGGAGCCAAGGACAGCAUGGAUGCUGAUGCAGGGGAGAAAAACAUCAGAGUUACACUGGCUGGUUUCCAUGAUAACAAGGUCAGCCCUGCCCUGUCUGUCCCUCUGGUCCUCCAGCUCCACUCUUCCCACAGCUGUCCCAUACUACACCUGGCUUGA